AUGAGCACAGUUGAGAAAACCAUGGCGCCUGAUGUCCAGGUCACCCCAAAUAUGAUGUCCGACAAGGCACCCGAUUUUGAUGGCGCUGCGCAGCCGCAGACUAGCCAUGCGGAAGUCGUCGAGAAAUCUUUGAACUCGGCAGGAAGAACCUAUGAACAUGACAGAGCUAUGGCUUUAUUCGACUCGACAGAUGACCUCCAGGAGGAAUUUGACCCUCGAGAGAUACGGCGACUUCGGCGAAAAAUUGACAUGCUGAUCAUGCCUUGCUUGUUGACUUGCUUUGCGUUCUUCUAUAUUGACAAGACCACAUUAAGCUACGCAGCAAUCUUUGGCCUCAUCAAUGACCUCGACUUGCGACAUACCGAAUAUAACUGGCUCAGCAGCUUCUUCUACGUUGGAUUCAUAGCAUGGGCCAUUCCCACAAAUUUCCUACUGCAACGACUGCCUCUAGCAAGAUAUCUCGGCGUCAGCAUCUUCCUAUGGGGUGCCCUCCUGAUGAUACAGGCCGUCUGUCAUAAUUUUGCCACUCUUGCAGUGCUUCGUGCGCUUGGUGGUGCUCUGGAAGGCUGUGCUGAUCCUGCAUUUCUGCUAAUCACUAGCAUGUGGUAUACAAGGGAAGAGCAGCCUAUCCGCAUCGGUAUCUGGCACUCGGGCUAUGGAGUAGGAGUCGCACUCGGAGGUCUGCUCGGGUAUGCGAUUGGACAUAUCAAAGGGGCACUACCUUCGUGGAAGUAUGAGUUCUUGGUGAUCGGCGCGCUCUGUGCUUCGUGGGGGAUCGUCAUAUUCAUUUUCCUUCCAAACUCUCCUGUGGAUGCACAUGCUUUUACAAAAAGGGAACGACAAAUGAUCGUUGAAAGAAUGCGGAAUGAUCAAACUGGUAUCGAAAACAAGCACUUGAAGUGGUAUCAAGUGAAGGAAGCACUCCUAGAUUACAAGCUUUACAUCCUUUCCGGCCAAGGAGUUUUGUACAACAUUCCGAAUGGUGGUUUCAGCAACUUUGGCACAAUCAUUAUCAGGGGAUUUGGCUUUUCAACACUGGGGACGACACUUCUACAGAUUCCAUAUGGUGUGAGCAUUUGCCUUGCCCAGCUCAGCUGCGUAUUCCUCAACUCGAAAUUUCAGAACCGAAGGGUCUUCUUUGUCAUACUCUACCUUAUCCCAACUCUGGCGGCUGGCUUUGGAAUGCGCUACGUUCCUCUAGAUCAGAAGGUUGGUCGCCUGAUCUGCUACUACCUGACUGCCUUCUAUCCCGGUGCCUGGGUUCUCGUGCUUAGCAUGAUUAUCGCCAAUGUUUCAGGUAAGCUCGAUCUCGUGCCUCUCCUCUUCAGCAGGACACAACGUACCCUAACUCAACCAGGCCACAGCAAGAAAAUCGUCAUGAACAUCGGCUUCUUUCUGGGUUACAGUUCCGGAAACCUUGCGGGUCCUUUCUUCUACAGGUCCCAAGAUGAGCCAACAUACCCCCUCGGCAUGUGGUCUAUGAUCGUCUGUAGCUUGGUCGGCAUCAUUCUAACUGCCUUGCUGGGAUUCCUUCUUCAACGGGAAAACAAGAGGCGGGACCGCAUCCAAUCCCAGGCUGAGGGAGGUCUCGAGGGCAGAGACUUGGCAGCCACUGCCUUCUUGGAUAUGACAGACAAAGAGAAUCUCAAGUAA